GUUUCAUAUGGUGAUAUGGAAGACUGGGACAACAGCGAUGAUUUCAUUCAGCAACUGGAUUUUUCCAGCUGUGGUGAAGAGAGUGAAGACAGAAGCAUGCAUGAGGAGGACUCCCUGAGCUCGAGCCCGCCCCGGAGCUGCAAGUUCCAGAAGUGGCAAGGGAGCAGUCCUCUACUAGUAACCCCUCAGAGAAAGUUUAGUGAGAUUUUCCUGAGCAGAACAAAAGCCUUGGUGAGUCCCACUCUGAAUCCUUCACCAGCUGUGAGCAAGAGACGAGGUAAUACUGAGACACCACUGCACAUCACCUGGAAAAAGCUGCAGCUGUAUGACUCGCCAUACACUCCCAAGACCCUGCUAUCGAAGACAGCUUUUCCUUCAUCUGGGACAAAAUUCCCACCCAAAGGCUUCAGACAUCCAAGAUUUAUUCCUGGUGCUGAGUUGGAUGACUCUAUCCAAGCUUCUCUUGUCAACAUCAAUCCCUUUACACCAGAGUCGUAUCGACAAACGCUCUUUCUUCCUAACAGCAAACAGAAGACCAGAGGAGAGCUGAAUGAUUCUGAUCUAAGAAGCAAGAUAAAACAUGAGCUACCUAAAAAGAGAUGUCCUUUGAAAGAGAGCAAUAUGGUUUCCCGCUACAAGAAGGAGUUCCUGGAACUAGAAAAAAUUGGUGUGGGGGAAUUUGGCUCUGUCUACAAGUGCAUCAAACGCCUUGAUGGAUGUGUUUAUGCCAUCAAACGCUCCAAAAGGCCUCUGGCAGGAUCCUCAGAUGAGCAGCUGGCACUCAGCGAAGUUUAUGCUCAUGCUGUUCUUGGACACCACCCCCAUGUUGUGCGCUACUACUCUGCAUGGGCAGAGGAUGAUCACAUGAUUAUCCAAAAUGAAUACUGCAAUGGUGGGAGUCUUCAAGAUAUGCUGCUGGAAAAUGCAAAACUAGGCCAGUAUUUGCCAGAAACAGAACUGAAAGAAGUAUUGUUACAAGUCUCCAUGGGGCUAAAAUACAUACACAACUCUGGCCUUGUGCACCUGGAUAUCAAACCUAGUAAUAUCUUCAUCUGUCAUAAGAUGGCAGUUGCAGGCCCUGCUGGGCAGGAAGAGAGUGACAGUGAAGAUGAAUUCUCUUCUGGUGUGGUGUAUAAGAUUGGUGACCUUGGCCAUGUGACAUCAAUAACAAACCCUCAGGUGGAGGAAGGAGACAGACGGUUUUUGGCCAAUGAGAUUUUGCAAGAGCAAUAUUGCUUUUUGCCAAAGGCAGACAUCUUUGCUCUGGCACUCACAGUAGCUCUAGCAGCUGGCACGGCACCACUGCCUCACAAUGGGGCCAAGUGGCACCACAUUCGCGAAGGCAAUAUGCCACCAAUCCCCCAGAAGCUUCCUCAUCCCUUUCUUGAACUCCUCAAGCUCAUGAUCCAUCCUGACCCAGUGGAAAGACCUUCUGCCACAGCUCUUAUUAAACACCCAGUUCUCCGUCCUUCACGUGGAAAAGCUGUGCAGCUCCAGAAGCAGCUAAAUGUGGAGAAGUGCAAGACUGCUAUGCUGGAAAGGCGCGGCGGCAGCGCGAUGUGGCGGCGGCCGGUGGGGCAGGUGCUUCGCCAGUUUGUAAGACAUGAGUCUGAGACAGUUGGCUCAUUGGUACUCGAAAGAUCCAUGAAUCGUGUUCAGUUACUUGGUCGAGUUGGACAGGACCCUAUCAUGCGGCAAGUGGAUGGAAAAAAUCCCGUUACCAUAUUUUCUCUUGCAACCAAUGAGAUGUGGCGAACACCAGAAAGUGAUGCAAACCAGGGAGGUGAUAUCAGUCAGAAGACAACAUGGCACAGGAUCUCUGUCUUCAGACCGGGCCUCAGGGAUGUUACGUAUCAGUAUGUGAAGAGGGGUGCUCGAAUCUAUGUUGAAGGGAAGAUAGACUAUGGUGAAUAUACAGAUAAAAACAAUGUGAGACGACAGGCCACAACAAUUAUAGCAGAUAAUGUUAUUUUUCUGAGUGAUGGUGGUACGAAAGAAAAGGUGUGAGGUCAUUAGUGCUUGGACCUGGGCCAUUUCAUUCCUUUUGUUUUACAGUGAUAAUUCUGUAACCAUGUAUAUUGCUGUAGUUUCUUUCAAAAAUAAAUAAAAUGUUUGAUACCUA